UUUCUAAACUUUGGGCCUAAAUUAAUAGUUUAAUUAAUAAUUAAUGGGUCCAAUUACUGGACCUCAUUAUUAUAUACUAGGCCCAAUUGGCAAUUUAUUUGCCUGGUUUCAACUGCGACAAAACGACGUCGUUUUGUUUGUGAAAUUUUGUAGAAGGCGCCACAACGGAAAAACCUCCAGGAACGCCGCAGCUAUGGUGGGUUUCGCCGCCUGCGAAUCCUUCUCCCUCCCUCACAAACCUUCUCCACACUCCUUCCCACCUGCCGCCGCCACCACCUCCGCCGCCGCCUUCACUGAUACUCUCUCGAUCGCCUCACUCUUCCGUUAUCACCGCCCCGACAGACGCUUAAUCCUCCGUGUCCAAGCUCACAAGCACAUUCGAUUUCCUCUGAAUUGCUCGAAUUCAAAUUUCCAGUACAAUAUCAACAACAAUGGUUGUGGCGGCGGAAGUGGGGGGAGCGGCGGGGGUGGAGGUGGAGGUGGAGGCAGUGGCGAUGAUUGGAGCAACAAUUUCUUCAAUUUCAGCCGGAACCCUUUCUUCCUCUUCCCUUCUCACUUCAUUUUCAGCAGAGAAGAAAAUUUAAUUUCCACAUCUCUUCCCAAACACGUUUAUUUACUACUCAUUUCCAUAUCCGCUUCUCUAAGCUACUUCAUUUUUUCGUCUUCUCCUGCACGAGCGAAAUCGGACGAUUUAUCGAAAAACGAUGAGGAAGUCGUGUUUGAAAUUAGGGCAGGCAAGAGAGUUGAGCUGGUGCCGGAUUACUCCAAGGAUGAAUUCGUCGUUCCUGAAAAAAAUUGGUCGUGGUGGUUGAAAGCUGCAAAGUCUAAUCCUUCUUCGAAUUUAGCUGAUGUUUGGAUGAAAUGCAGGGAUGUGGCAAUGAGUCUGAUGCUCCCGGAAGGUUUUCCGGAGAGCGUUACGAGCGACUACCUCGAGUACUCUCUUUGGAGAGGGGUUCAGGGCAUUGCAGCACAAGUUAGCGGUGUGCUUGCUACUCAGGCAUUGCUUUAUGCGGUUGGAUUAGGAAAAGGGGCAAUUCCUACAGCAGCUGCUGUGAAUUGGGUCCUCAAGGAUGGAAUCGGGUAUCUUAGUAAGAUAAUGUUGUCCAAAUAUGGGAGACAUUUUGACGUGAAUCCGAAGGGUUGGAGGCUGUGUGCUGAUUUUCUUGAAAAUGCUGCGUUUGGGUUGGAAAUUUUGACCCCUGCAUUUCCGCAUCUUUUUGUUCCAAUUGGUGCGGUCGCUGGAGCCGGAAGAUCUGCAGCUGCAUUAAUUCAGGCAGCUACGAGGAGUUGUUUCUACGCUGGUUUUGCUGCUCAGAGGAACUUUGCAGAGGUGAUUGCAAAGGGUGAAGCUCAAGGAAUGGUGAGCAAAUCCAUAGGAAUAAUGCUCGGCAUAGCAUUAGCUAACGGCGUACAAUCUUCUAUACCGCUUGCUCUUGCUUCUUUCAGUGUUAUAACUUGGAUACACAUGUUCUGCAAUCUGAAAUCGUAUCAAUCCAUUCAGCUAAGGACAUUAAAUCCAUAUCGUGCAAGCUUAGUCUUCAGUCAGUAUCUACUCAGCGGCCUAGUCCCGUCAGUUAAAGAGGUCAAUGACGAGGAGCCAUUGUUUCCAGCUUUUCCCCUUCUAAUCGUAAAGCCCACAUCCGAAGAACAAGUUGAAGUACUAUCACCCGAUGCAAAGCAUGCAGCUUCUAAUAUCGAUCGCCGGUUGAAGCUGGGAUCGAAGCUCUCCGAUGUUGUAAAGAGCAGAGAAGAAGCUAUCGCUCUAUUCGAUUUAUACAAGUCCGAGGGGUAUAUUCUGACAGAGCACCAAGGAAGAUACUGCGUGGUGCUUAAAGAAAGCUCAAUGCCUCAAGACAUGCUAAAGUCAUUGUUUCAGGUGAGUUAUCUGUACUGGCUGGAGAGAAACGCCGGAAUAAAGUCAACGACCACCAUUGAUGACUGUAGACCAGGUGGAAGGCUUCAAAUAUCUAUGGAAUAUGUACAAAGGGAGUUCACCCACAUCAAAAACGACAGUCAGUUUGCUGGUUGGGUCGUUGAUGGUCUCAUCGCCAGACCUUUACCUCAUCGAAUUCGUAUAGGCGACGAAACUGCUUCUCCUGCUUCUGUAAUAAGCUGACCCCCCGUCAAGAAAAAAACGGGAUGUUUUAUUUCUACCGUUCCUAGGUUAUUACAGGAAAAUGAAAACCCAAAAAAAAAAAAAACCAGUAAUAUGUACAUAAGGAAAUUCCGGACGGGAGAUCCGGAUAGCUUAACGGUUUUUUUUUUCUUCUCUAAAUUCGUUCGGCAACGUCUAUUUUGGUGGCAGCUUUGUUAGAUGUAGCUGUUGUUUUUGCUUCAAAGAUUUGCAGUAUGUAAAAUUAUAUUAACAUUAUAAUUUAAAAUAAUAAUUCA